UGUAUAGCGACAUCUCUCAUUGUCGCGUCAUCGUUGAAUCGAGAAGUGUGAAGUUUCAUCAUUCAGCGUAAAUGUAUGUAUGUAAUUUCAAGUAAACCGUUAAAACUACUAAACGUAGCUGUAAAUAAGGGUACAGAAUAAAAAUCUUAUUUACAUUGUUUCUAUAAUUGAGAAAAUGAGUCGUAGAAGAGUUCACGAAGAAGAUGAUGGAUAUGAACGUGUUUAUAAAAAGCGAAGGCGUGUUUCUGAAAAUCAAGAGAUUGAAGAUCGUUUAGAAUCUUUAAUUCUAAGAGUAGGUGAAAAAUCUACGUCUUCCUUGGAAAGCAAUUUGGAAGGACUUGCUUCGGUUUUGGAAGCUGACCUUGGACUAUUUCGUAGUAAAAUACUUCGCAUUUUAACAGAUUGUGCUAUUAAAAUGCCGGAAAAAUGUACUAUUUAUACAACUUUAGUUGGAUUAUUGAAUGCAAAGAAUUUUAAUUUUGGUGGUGAAUUUGUUGAUUAUAUGGUAAAGAAUUUCAAAGAUGCUUUGAAGGCAUGCAAGUGGGAUGUAGCAAGAUAUUCGCUCAGGUUCCUUGCAGAUUUAGUAAAUUGUCACGUUUUGUCAUGUGGUUCAUUAAUGCAGUUAUUUGAUAAUAUGCUAGAUGCUGCGAAUGAAGAUAGUGUACCACAAGUAAGACGCGAUUGGUACGUCUUUGCUGCUUUAUCAACAUUACCAUGGGUCGGAAGAGAACUUUAUGAGAAAAAAGAACAAGAAUUGGAUCAUUUAAUGGUAACCAUAGAAAUAUUUUUAAAUAAGCGUAACAAGAAACAUCAGCCAGCGUUAAGAGUUUGGUCAAGUGACACGCCUCAUCCCCAAGAAGAAUACUUGGAUUGUUUAUGGGCACAAGUAAGAAAACUUAGACAAGACAAUUGGGCAGAAAAACAUAUUCCUAGACCAUAUCUUGCUUUUGACUCUAUUUUGUGUGAAGCAUUACAACACAAUUUGCCUGCAAUAAUACCUCCUCCACAUCAUGAAAAUUGUACCUAUCCAUUGCCUACUGCUGUUUUUCGUAUGUUUGAUUAUACAGAUUGUCCUGCUGAAGGACCUGUAUUACCUGGAAGCCAUGCUAUUGAAAGAUUUCUUAUAGAGGAACAUUUACGUCAGAUUAUUAAUAAUUAUUUUUUUGAAAGGAAAGAUUGUGCUGCACAAUUAUUAAAUUUUCCAUACAAAGCCAAAAUUCCUUUGGACUAUUGCAUAGUGGAAGUAAUAUUUGGAGAAUUAUUUAGAUUGCCAACACCAAAACAUCUAGAAAUAUGUUAUGGAUCAAUUUUGAUAGAACUUUGUAAACUACAGCCUUCAACAAUGCCACAAGUAUUGGCCCAAGCAACAGAAAUUCUGUUUCGUCGAAUAGACAGCAUGGCAGCUACUGCUUUCGAUCGUUUUGUUUGGUGGUUUGCAUAUCACUUAAGUAAUUUUCAAUUCCGAUGGUCUUGGGAAGAUUGGGAUUCUUGUUUACAACGUGAUCCGGAGCAUCCAAGACCAAAAUUUAUUAGAGAAGUAUUGCUAAAAGCUUUGCGAUUAUCAUAUUAUCAGAGAAUUCGUGACAUGAUGCCAGAAUCAUAUACCGAAUUGAUACCUGCACUACCAGAACCUGUAUAUAAAUAUUCAUCAGAAGGAGCAAGCUCUCUACCUGGUACCGCUGCAGCACAUGAACUAGUUGUAUCUAUAAGACGUAAAUGUACACCUGAAGAAGUUUUGAAUGUUCUAAAUACUUUGCCAGGACCUAAGGAUCAUGAAGAAACAAAUAAUUUUAAUCCAUUAAAAAUUGAUGUUUUUGUUCAAACUUUACUUAAUCUUGGUUCCAAAAGUUUUAGUCAUAGUUUUGCAGCUAUAGGAAAGUUUCAUUAUGUCUUUAAAGUACUUGCAGAAACAGAAGAAGCUGAAAUAUGUAUAUUAAGAAAUAUGUAUGCAUUAUGGAAGAACCAUUAUCAAAUGAUCGUAGUAUUAACAGAUAAGUUCUUGAAAACUGGAAUUAUAGAAUGUAGUGCUAUUGCAAAUUGGAUAUUUUCCAAAGAAAUGGCAUCAGAAUUUACAAAACUUUAUAUUUGGGAAAUUUUGCACUUAACAAUAAGGAAAAAGAAUAAACAUGUCAUCAAACUAACUACAGAAUUAACAGAAGCAAGAGAAAAAUUGAGAAGGGCUGAAAGCAGAUCUGGUUCUUCAUCGGAGGAUGAUGACACUAAUAAGGACCGUAAUAGAGAGAAACCAUCAGAAGAUGUUGUAGAAAGAAUGGAGGAAAAACUAGAAGCAGCCCAAGCAAAUCAGAAAAAUUUGUUCCUCAUCAUAUUUCAACGAUUUAUAAUGAUUCUUUCUGAGCAUUUAGUAAGAUGUGAUACAGAUGGUAUUGAUUAUAAUACUCAUUGGUACAAAUGGACCAUAGGACGACUACAACAAGUUUUCUUGACUCAUCAUGAACAAGUACAGAAAUAUUCAUCAACUUUAGAAACUUUAUUAUUUACCCCAGAUUUGGAUCCUCAUAUUUUAGAUGUAUUUCAUCAAUUUGUAUCUUUAAGAGCAUAAAGUAUAUAAUUAUAACUGUAUCAAAGGAAAUUAUGUAAGUGACUUAAAUCGUGUAAUGACUUAAAAGUAUCAUGACUAUUUUGUUUCAAACAAAUGUCAUUGGAUAAAAGACCAUAUUUAUUAAAUUCAUAAGUAUACUGUGAUUAUACACAGUAAUAUAAAAAAAGUCUGCUUUAUCACUUCUAAUUAUAAUGAUAAUAUCAAUGAUAUAGAAAAAAUAACAAGGUAAAUAUGUUGCUUAAAUGUAGUGCAUUUAUGUACAAGUACUUAUAAGUAUGGACAUUAGUAUUAGCAAGAAUGAAAUGUUGUUUGAUUAAUGUAUAACUACGGAGAUUCAUAUGAUAUUCUGUGAAUUCUACUAAAGUUAUGAGAUACCAAACAUAUAUAUGUUUCUAAAACUGUAAAUUCUAUAAUUAUUUUAUAUUUAAAGUAUCUUAAAUACAUGCUUGAUUCUGCUGUAAUUUUGUAGAAAGAUUUAUCAUUGCUCGAAAUAAAUCUUAAUAAAAACAUCUUAGAUAACUAUAUAGAUAUUAUAUAAUCUUUUACUGUAAUAAGGCUGUAUUGUUUGUGAGUCCCAAAGAAAUUCGUUAUUUAUAAAUAGGCAAAAGAAACUAAUUAUAAAAUGGAUCAAACUUAAAAUUUUCAAAGUAAUCUAUUAAUUCUAAAAGAAUUUUUUUUUAUCUUGAGUAUAUUUAUUAGAAUAUUUGAAAAUAUAUUUUUAAAAAUAUACUUGAGAAAUAUAUUUUAUAUAGAAUAAGUAGAUUGAUAACUUACAUGAUCCAUCUUCUCGCUUUGGUCCAAGAUUAUUUAGUCUAGCAAACAAAGGAAAGUAAAUAAUGGAAAACGUAACAUCUCUUAGUGCCGUUGCUCCAGUUCCUUGAUAAAGUCCUAGUAUUCCUCUUUGUCUAAGAAGAUCCUUAGUUAAAGAUAACGCUGAUACUUUUGGUACAGUCUUUCCAGCUAUGACAAAAAAAAAGACAUAUUAUAAAAUCUGAUAAAUAAUUAUAUUUCAAUAUAUUCUGAAUUAUUUGUAUAAAUGGUAAUGCGAGUAUUUGUAAAAGUAACAAUUUAAGAAAUAAUAUAUAUAUAUAUACACACACACACACAUAUAUAUAUAUUAAACGAUUAUAUGUACACAUACACAAUAUUUAUAAUAUGAAACUAAGUAAAAAAGAAAUAAAUAAUUAUAAUUCACAGAUUUUAAAUUACUUACAUUCUCUUGCAGCUGCAGCAACUCUACCUGCAUCUUGCAUCUGGAUUUUAAGUAAUUCCAUUGGAGUAGUAAUAACUAUUUGACAAGCUCCUGCUAAGCCUCCGGCCAACAUUUCACGUUGUAAUGGCAGUUGCUGGCUAUAGUAUUUAAUGAAAAAAAAAAAGAAACAAAAAGACUAACAUCUUCGAAAGAAUUUAAAAAAUUUGCACACUAAAUUCAAUACAAAUGGGGCUAACAUAACAAAGUCAUAUGCUUUGGAAAUGGUAAAAGUAAUUUAGUAAUUAAAAUUGCAAUCACAUCUA